ACAAAACUUUUUUGUUUACAAAUGUCUAAUGGCGACAAAUUUGAAGUUUUAUCGCGUUUGUACUGCAAUAUACUGCUCAAUUUAGCUUUAAUUAGCCUGUUUUGUGUGCAAAAACGAUGGGGAAUUGUUGGGCGGGAUUAUUUAAGCGACGGCGUGUUCGUCGUCACAUAGUUUUAAUCCUGAUCGGUUUAGACAACGCUGGUAAAACACAAACGGUAAAUAACUUGACUGGGGAGAAAGAUGACAAGAUUUUGCCAACUGUAGGUUUUAAGGCUGUUAAUUUAAUACACAAAGACACACCUGUGACUAUAUACGACUUGGGGGGAGGCCCACAUUUCAGAGAAAUAUGGCAUCAAUAUUACAGCGAAGUGCAUGGUGUGAUAUUCGUCAUAGAUUCAAGUGAUUUUUCGCGUUUGGAUGAAUGCAGGGAGGUUUUGGAAGAAGUUCUUUCCCAUGACAAGAUAUCAGGCAAACCCGUUCUUGUGCUAGCCAAUAAACAAGACAAGAACGGCGCUUUGGAUGACAUCGACGUGGUAGAGAAACUCAAUAUUGAACCUUUGGUCAACAAAUACAGAUGUCCAACCUUAGUCGAAUCCUACUCCGCAUUCCCGCAGCCGAACAAGACGAGGUCGAAGGUCAAAAUUGACCCCGGCCUGCGUAAAGGCUACCACUGGCUCUUGAACUACAUAGUGCGACGUUACGGAGAUAUAAACUUGCGCGUGCAAACGGACAUACAUGCAGAUUUGGAGCGACGCAAGCGCAUGUUGAAAACGAAAUCGUCUCAGACCAAUACGGUUGACGAGAUCGAGUCUCAAACUGGUUUUGAAAAUCCCAAUUUUGGCGUUGAAAAGGAUUUGGACAAAGGUCUGAUUGUGGUCAAGCCUAUAGGGAAACCGAAGAGUGUAGACACGACUAUGACUAUAGAUAGCGCUGAAACUGAGGAUUCGAGUAAUAAGCCCAAGUUGUCACCGCUAUUUGGACGAGCUAGUAAUAGUACGGUAACAGAGACCGUGAGGAUAGAAUUGGAGCCCAGAAGUGAAUAUAGGAAGCUCUCCCCUUUAGUGAAGACAAGGAAUGGUGGUAACCAUAUAGAUUUCCAAAACCGACCACAAUCCAGUCCGAGUUACUCUAAGAAGAUGAAGUUGAGCCAAACGUCCCAAUCUAGCGACCAAUCGCAGAACUCGUCUAUACAGGAGCACGCGGCGUGCCACGGCGACGGGAAUCGAACGUGGGACACUGCGCCGGUCACACUGCGCGAUAGCGACCUACUAGCCGCUAGUAAGGACAUCGUUCUCAAAGAGAGAGACUACACAAGCAAGUCGGUGUCUUCGUGCGUGACUCUGUCCACCCCGGCGCUGGUUCGUCCCGCGUCCGCGUCGCAAUUAUUGCGGAGACAACUAGAACUUUCCGCGAGGCACAAGCGAAGACUCAGUCUGAGAUACAUGCAACGCAACAAAACGAGCCCCGAGCGGCUGUCGAUGACUCUGUAUGAGCCAAAAGCUCAACAGCGCCAUCUUGAUAAAGGGGACUUCUCACACGCCGCUACUAUAAACUGAGGUGUAUGGGUUUUUCAACGCGAUUCAACACUAGUAGGAAUUCACAAUGAAUAUCUAGUUGAUUAGUUUUUGUACGAAUAAAUACAUAAUUUGUUAUUUUUGUAGAAAUUUGUACGCCUCGUUCAGAGUUAUAGAACUGUGAUUAAUUGAUUGUAUUAUAAUGUGGUCAAGUCAGAUAAUAAAAUAAAUAAAUAUAUACGGGACAAAUUACACACAUUGAGUUAGCCUCGAAGUAAUUUCGACACUUGACUUCGCGGGCGGCCUCUGGUAGAUAAUAAGAGAGGUUUGCACAACAAAGUACGUCCCUUCACACAUCGUCGCCAUUUUGAACCGCCCUCUGAAAAGAUGAUUCUCAGUCAGACCUGCAUGUAUGUUACUCCGCGAUUAUCUCGCGUUACGCUGAACCGCUUUUGAUGUGGUUUACAGCAAAGUGUUUGUAACGCUUAGGAGAAGGAUUAAGAAAUUUAACCGACUUGGAUAAAGGAGGAAAUUGUUUGGUGGUGGUUCCCUUUUUUACAAAAGUUAUGAUUUUGGUUCAACUCAUGGAUUUUGGUUGAUUGAUUGAUGAACUCUGAACGUCGCAGUACAUUAAUUAAUGUACACACAUUAUAAAUAUUAUCGUAGUUUAUGUUCGGAAAAUUUGAGUAUUUUGUUUUGUGUAAAUAUUACUAGGAGACAUUUUGAAUACCAUCCGAUACGGGUUAGGUUCCCCUGCAAAGGUUGCGGAGGUCAGACGGGAGUCGCUUCGUGUAAAAACCUGACUCACCCAAUCCAGGGUCCAUGGUCAAAGGCGUACCUCGGGCUCCUCUCCAGAGAGGUGAUGAUGUGACCAGGUCAAACGCCGGAUGAAAGAACAUUUUGGUACACAGACCAGUUCAUCCGGGUGAAAUGUCAGGGGAAUAGUAAUUUUCACACGAAAUUUUGCCGCUACUUAUAAGAUGUAAAGUUUACAUGACAAUACGUUUAAUGCAAACGACAUUGUUUAUUAGUAAAAAAAAAGAUAGUAAAAUUGCUGCAAUUUUUUUCAGUCCUAGAUUUUAAUAAAUUGAAAUUUCAUAGUCAUAAUUUAUAAGUCGUUGAAAUUUAUUGAGAGUUUAAACAGGGUAUAUAAAUUAAUAUAUUAGAAUGUCUAUAAAUUAGUCUGAAUUUUUGAAGAGUUUGGUAA